GAUUUUGGCUUCCUUUCAGCGCGCAGGUUGACGCUGCUGACGCCGCUCCUCCGCCAUCUUCAACUUCCUAUUGUUUGCAUCAGACUGAGGCUGUCUGCAGUGUGUGUAUGUGAUAGCGGAAUCGGCCACCGAUUUGUCAUUCAAUAGUAGAUAUAGCCAUCACGUUUGCGGCCGUUCGAGAGCAGCACAACGCAUUUGUAUGUCAUUGGAUUUAAAGGGCCUCUCAGGACGCGACCACUAAACCUUGAUGAUGGAGGAAGAUCAACCUAGAACCUUGUGAGUAACAGCGGCCCCGUCUAUGCACAGGAGUGGGUGGGCUCCGUGUAACUACUGCGCGUCCGAAAUGUUUCCACGUUGUUGUUUCAAUAAAAACAGCGAAACCUUUUACCGUGAUAUUCCAGCCGCGGCACUGCUAUUACAAAAGCAACUGUGUUUGCCGGCACAGCAAGAUACGAACUAUUUAAGGUAGUUCUGCUUCAUUUAGUCCUGUAAAUGGACGGAAUCGUUACUAGCAUGAAAAUGAAACAGGCGGUAGCUCAUGCUAGUCACUUAAGCCGAAGAUGAAAACACAACAAGCCAGAUAGUCGCUUUAAGUUGCCCGCUUUCCUUUCGAGUCAUGUGUGUUUUGACAUAAAAUGACCGAAUCUGCCCAAAAGUCUUGCGUGGAGCUCCAAGAGGGUACACGGUGUGUCGUUAGUUAGCAUUAGGCCCCUGUGGAACCGGCUAGGGUUAUCUUUAGCUAGCUGAGGGACAAGCCACGUCAACGCUCGAAGAAACAGCCCGGGACACUCACACCGGGCAGGAAACUGAACUGGACCUCUCCGUGCAAAAUGAAGAUUAUAUCAUACACUGUUUUCUGUUUUUAUACUGUAUUUUUUGUAUAGACACGGAAUUGUUGUGGGUUGAAGCUAACCCGUUUAACUAGCCUUUGUUUGCAUGCUACUUCCUGUUUGACAAAGGCUCAUUUCUUCUCAUCUCAUGGUUUCUGCAGGUAUGUGGGGAAUCUGUCCAGGGAUGUCACCGAGCCCCUUAUUCUACAGGUCUUCACACAGAUAGGACCCUGCAAGAGUUGCAAAAUGAUAGUAGAUGUGAGUUUUUUCUCUUUGCUGAACAUUAUUCAAACCCUCUGUAUGGCCUGCUGGUGGAAAAUCUCAGCCCUCACUUUCUCUGAGUUGAAUUUCCCUCCUCCAGAGCUCAAGUCAGAGUUCAUACCCCAAACAGCACUUCAUGACACAGGCUCUCUACAGUUAUUGACUUGUCACCUUUGCUGUGGCCUUCAUAUGAGUGUUGUUUCCUCCUGACAGACGGCUGGAAAUGAUCCUUACUGCUUUGUGGAGUUCUAUGACCACAGGCAUGCUGCUGCCUCUUUGGCAGCAAUGAAUGGAAGGAAAAUAAUGGGUAAGGUAAGCUAUCGUGUCUAAUGGGUGAGUGGGGACAGGUGGGCUAUGGGUACGGGGGGUUUAGAUUGAGUGUUCAGUUCAGGAAUAAAGGUAGUAGACUGUAUAUUUAGCCCUGCACUGAUCAGAUAAUGGAUUAACCACGCUACUGCCGUGAGAAAUUUAUACUUUUUUUUCCAGUAAGCUGUAUACAACCCAGUCACUGUAAGGCAUGCAGGAUUGUGGCGCUAUAUAUAAUGGACCACUGUCCUUGUGUGACCUCAAUGCCAUAAAGACAGGGAGUUUUUGGGCUGGGGAAAUCCAUAAACUAUAUAAAGGACAUAGUGGUGAUAAAAUAUCCAAGAUCAUGUCAACAACAUGGAGUUGAAACUAAUAAAAAGGUCUUAAGGAACAGUGUAAAAUCAGAUUUUUGCAAACAUUAUAGCUACUUUUUAAAUCCCAACAUGACAAAAUAGCAACAGGCUUGAUUUUUCAAUAUUGAAGUGCAUCAGGGUGAUACUCAGAAGUAUGACAUAGAAUAAAAAAUAUGUAAAAAUUCUGAUUAUUAUAGUCAGUGGCAGAAAGACCUUAUGUCUUGUCCUCGGAAUAUCUGGGGACCUUUCCUAGACCACAUUCAGAAACUCUCAUCAUUUUGAAGUAGCACUCUCCUCCUCUAGUUGUUUUCUAUUUAAAAUAUAUAUCUGGGAUGUUUUAUAAUCAUCCAAUUUAAAUUCUUAUCUCUUUUUUGGACUUUUUCAGUUUUCAGCAACUUGUCUACAUUUGUAUUUCUCUUCACUUACAGUAGUUCAUUUAAAUUAUUCUCUUUUUACUUUUUAUUCCUCAACAUUUUAUAUAUUUCAAGAUCGACAAAACCCGAAUUCCAACACUUAGUGUAUCUUUUUGAUUUAUUUAUUUAUUUAAUUUAUUUAUUUUUUGUUAUAGCUCCAGAGUUUGUUAUUUAAGCACAAUAAUAGGAGUAUCUGGCAGUAGACAGGGUUUUGAGGGAAAGGGGGUGUUCUUAAUGGGUUUCCUUUGUACAUCUGUAUAAAACUAAUAAAAAUAUUGUUGAAGAAAAUUCUGAUUAUUGAAUUGACAGCAAAUGCUUUUACAGUCUUUAAUGUGUAGAUUUGCUGUUAAUGACUGGAGCCUUGUAUUAUUAACUUUCAACAUCGUCAUACUUUUGUUUUUUUCCUCAUAUGCGCAAGAUUUUUUUGCAAACAAAUUCCUGAACGCGCUCAAGAAACUGAAGGUCAUUAUGAUUAAGGAGAACCAGUUAUUCAAACUAAUGAAAGUCAUAUUUCUUGCUAAGUGAUGCUUGAUGCACCCAAUAUUGUGAAUUCAUUAUCAUUAUUAUAUUUUAAGUGUUAGGAAAUAAAAUAAUCUUACGUUUUCAAAUAGGCAGCCUGCAAAUUGUACAAAGGAGACCCCAGGCUUCUCUGUGAAUGAUAUAAACAUACCCCACCUGGCCUGUUCUUUCUCUCCCCUUCUCUGCAGGAGGUCAAAGUCAACUGGGCCACGACGCCAACCAGCCAGAAAAAAGACACAAGUAGUAAGUAAAAAUGCAUGUAGACAGAAAUAUCUGUGUGGAUGUCUACGUGUUUUCAGGCUAGGAUUUUCCACUUGUGUGGAGUGUGUUUUUUUUUUGCUGAGAAAGGCACUUCUUUUGUCUCUGGUUCGGUUGAAAACACACUGAUAAAAAACAUAAUGUCUCAACAGAAGUCUCUAUCUUUGCAAGUGUGUAAAAGCUUGAAGUACAAUGUGUAUUGUAUCAUUAUGUAAACCUUUUUCCCCUUUUCCCCCUAUAGAUCACUUUCAUGUCUUUGUUGGAGACCUCAGCCCAGAAAUCACAACAGAAGACGUCAAAGCUGCCUUCGGUCCAUUCGGCAGGAUAUCGUGAGUAUUGUAUAUUCCAUAGAUAUAUCAGAUAUAACUUUAUGAAAACAUUCAUUCACAAUAACAUUCAGAUGAAGGAUUGUCAGACACUAAAUUUAAAGUAUUGUAUUCCCUUUUCUCCCCCAUGCUCUCCACUGAAUAAGUCAAAAUCACACAGUAAAUGUCAGAUUUGUCAGAUUUACAACUGAAGUUUGUACGUUUCUGUUCAAGUUCUUGACCUCUUAUAUGGUUCAUGUGUUCAAUCUACUUCUUUUUGUUUGUUUUUUCUACAGAGAUGCACGUGUUGUGAAAGAUAUGGCAACAGGGAAAUCUAAAGGCUAUGGCUUUGUGUCUUUCUUCAACAAAUGGGUAAGACAACACUCAUACAUUCAAUAAAUUGCUUUUAUUGCCUUAUUUCUUCGACUGAACUGGACUUUAAAAAACAAAAACAUGCUAGUCCAUCUGAAAUCACACCUAAUGGAACUUCUCAUAGCUGGAUUAACAUACCUGGAUGAUGGGGGACUGACAGUUACAAGUAUGUUGCCAUCCUCUGUAGCAAAGGUGCACACACUUCUGUCAGUAAUCUGAAUUUUGACCAGUGCGUUUAAACUGGGACUGGGUAAACUGCCUAAUCAAGCUGUAACUGGAGCUUGACCAUGUAAACUUGAGAUGUAGCAUGGAUUACAGUCAAACUAAUAGAUUAACCAUUUUUCUUUUUUUUUCCCACAGGAUGCAGAGAAUGCCAUUCAGCAGAUGGGGGGUCAGUGGUUAGGUGGCAGACAGAUUCGAACCAACUGGGCCACAAGAAAGCCCCCUGCCCCAAAGACCACCUAUGAAAGUGCGUGGCCUCACGUGUAUGUUUGAUCUCGUUCACGCAGGAUGGAGAAUUCAUGUAUUGACAAGAACAAUUUCUCUGUCUUGCCUGGCAGGUAACUGCAAGCACCUCUCCUUUGAUGAAGUAGUCAGUCAGUCCAGUCCAAGUAAUUGCACUGUGUACUGUGGCGGAGUCAGCUCAGGACUUACAGGUAAUAAAUGCUGGUGGUUAUGAACAGUGUUCGCCUGUGGUUCCAUAUGAAUCUUAUAAAAAAAGACAAAAUAUAAAGAACACUUUUCACUUUAACACACUGCAGUAACUACCACCCACAAUGUCGUCAAUAAUAAACAAAGAGUUCAGUUUCCGCCUAAAUGAUCGUGAAAGCAAAACCUGAACAUUGAGAUGCUUCCUGAAAGAGAAACCUGUGGUAAAGAUGUGGUAUUGAAGAGAGUUACACUUCCCAGGUGUUUAUCAUGUUAUGUCUAGAAUGACGAAGAUAAUGUCCGCAUAUCGGCUAAAUUCAGCAGUGUGUAACAGAAGUACAAUGAUUGAAAACACAGAACUCUUUACAGACAAGCUCAGUGUGCGUCAUGCUGUUGAGGUGUAGUUCCUCUUUAUACUCCCUCGCACCGUAUGUUGUCUCUUCCACAUAUACUUUACACUUUGUAUUUUAACCUGGAACCCGUGUUGCCAGGUCAUAACAGCUACACAGCCUCUGUGAGCGACCCGAGCUGGAGCGGCACAGCAUAUCAACAAAAAUGGAAACAUUUGUUUAUCAUGGCUCUUAUCAAAGCUAGCCUCGGUGUUAUGAGUCAGGGCUGGCAUUGACAGGUGACAUAAGGUUUUUGUGUACACUAACACCGUGUGAGCAACAGCUAGGCAGCCGUCACAGUCUGCUCAGGUGUGCAGUGUGUCCCAGGCAUUACUUCACUGACUGUGUGUACCAAGCCGUAGCUGAAAGAUAACACGAAGUUCCUCUUGCCCAGAGUUGAUCACGCUGAAGCCCCCCAGUCCUCAGUCUCAUACUUGAAGGUGUUAACACUUAAUGUUUCUCAUGCAUUUGUUGUUCAUGACACGUUGUUGAUCCUUCUUUUUCAGAGCAACUGAUGAGACAGACCUUCUCUCCAUUUGGACAGAUCAUGGAGAUCAGAGUUUUCCCUGACAAAGGCUAUUCAUUUGUAAGGUGUGUGAACAUUUCAACUCUUUUAUUAAAUACAUUUUCAAUACUGAUAGAGAACAUGCAGUGCUGAAAACUCUAAGGACCUUGAACUCAAGAGUUUUGGGAUUUACUGUUUCUGUUACUGGAACUAUCUGUUGGCUUUUGAUUUUGAUAUAAAAUUUAUGUAUAAAAAGGUGUUUUUUCCCACCUCAUCUCUCUAAAUUCAAAAGCACAGAUGUCCAGUGGUGGUGUGAUAACUGUUGCUGAGCAUGUACUCUCUCUCUCUCUCUCUCUCUCUCUCUCUCUCUUUGCCUCUGGUUUUGUCCAGGUUUAACUCCCAUGAGUCAGCAGCCCAUGCGAUUGUGUCUGUGAAUGGCACCUCAAUAGAGGGCCACAUAGUCAAAUGCUACUGGGGUAAAGAAACCCCGGACAUGAUGAACCCGAUGCAGCAGGUUCCUAUUCCCCAGGUAAUGACACCAUCUACUCCGGGAGCCGGGAGUGACUUUUAAUCGAGCUCUCCUGUACGUCAUGAGUGUAAAUAACUUAAAACGUCACUCUGUUUGAACACUCAUCCAGGAUGAGAACACCACGUUCUAAGAAAUAUGGCAGAUUUCCACUACUUAAUGUUUUCCACUUGAAAGCUAAAGAGUGGUGUUAGCUCAAGUAGGUUAAAGUAGGUUGUAGUUAUAGAGAUGUGUGAUACAGGGACGUCUGUCGCUCACCACCAACCUGGUACUUAAAUUUGGUUCUUCGUCACAUUCAGGGAAACCAGUGUUACUCUACUUUGGCAAAAAGAGUCUGGCACACCUGUGGAGGAGUUUUGAAUGAUUUUCAGCUCCAAGAAACAUCUCCUGCAUCUCAAUCUGCCAUACAUUAAAUAAAACUCUCAAUUCCUCUGCCUGAAGCGCUUUGACUUGGCUCAAAUAAAGUUCGACACCGCUCAUGGAUGUUACUUGUCACACAGCUCUGCAGUCAUGGAACGACCAGAAAAUGAUGCCUUUACAGGAAACACCUGAGGCUGGCUGGCCAUUAGUGCCCACACUAGCUCCCCAUUAUACGUGACCUAUUUUUACAUUAACUGCUGUAAUUAUGUUACUCACAGCUGGUGGCUCUGAGCCCCUAUGGAAGGUCUGUAUAGAUGGAACAGCCUUAGGCUUCUGCAGAAGCUGAGAUGGAAGUCUAGUCGAGCUUGUAUCUGCCUUUUGUUUACCGAGGAGUCGUUGAUGUAACUGUCACUGUCCCAAAAAUCUCUGUGACUCCCUUCACAAACAAAAGAAUAUUUACAAGCAACUUUCCAAGAUGAGACUCGAAACAGCUACAUGGUGGGUGUGUCUUUCAACUAGGACCGCAAAACCUGACCUGAGAUCAGGUUACGGUUAAGUCUUGAAAUAAGCAAACUACCGUAUUUUCCAGAUUAUAAGUCCCACCAGCCAAAAAAUGCAUAAUGAAGAAGAAAAAACAUAUACUGGUGUAAGUCGCAUUUUUUAGGGGAAAUUUAUUUUACAAAAUCCAAGACUAAGAACAGACAAUUCAUCUCGAAAGGCAAGUUAUAAUAAUAAUCUAGCCAACUAGCGUUUAACCCGCCAUUAGCUUUUUUUGUUUUCCUCAUCGCAGUAGCUUAACCUCCACUUUCGCCAGUCCCUCACAAGUUUCUCGUUCACUCCAAACUCUAACUCUGCUGCUUGAUUGCCGUUUUCGGCUGCAUAUUUCACCACUUGCAGCUUGUUAUCUGCAGACUAAGAUUUUCUUUUUGGCGGCAUUUGUGCUCAGUCUUUCUCAGUUGUCAAUAUGAUUUAACGUUAACUUUUAAAUCUUCGGUGGUACAGGAGUAGCAGACACUGGUACACCAGCCUAGAGCGCCCUCUAGCGGCUGUCAGUGUGAAAAUAACAAAUGUGUGAAAUUAUAUAUUUUAAUAUAUGUAAGUCGCACCUGAGUUUAAGUCGCAAACCCAGUCAAACUAUGAAAAAAAGUGCGACUUAUAGUCCUGAACAGCUGGAGAACAUGUCCAGGGAUUACACCAAUAUUGGUGUUUCUCAUCCACUUAGUAUAUUUUCAAAAUAUGGAUCAACAAACGUACACAUACAGUUAUUCCACAGGAAGUCUGCGUGUAUUUGAAGCUUCUUGUGGAGGACUUUAGAUCCAGAUUUUCUUUGUUACAAUGAGUUUGUACUUAAAAAUGAAGGAAAUCACAUACCAACUGUUGUAUUAACCUUUAGUUGUAAAUUGUUCCCCACAGCAGAACAAGAUGAGCUUCCCUGCAGCCCAGCCCUACGGCCAGUGGGGCCAGUGGUAUGGCAACGGGCCCCAGAUCAGCCAGUAUGUCCCUAACGGGUGGCAGGUCCCCACCUACGGCGUCUACGGCCAGGCCUGGAACCAGCAGGGCUUCAAGUAAGUAGCACGAUGCGCACAGGGCUCCACCUCACCGCCUCCUUCUACUUCAGCACCACCAGAGACCCCGGGCAGCGAGAGCCAGCUCUGGCCACAGGAGGGUGCCUCGAUCUCCUUCCCCCAACCCCCACACAUCCUUCCUCUUCCCCUUGCCAGCCCCCCCUCUUCAUGUCAUUGAGACACAAGCAGACGCACCCACACAUACCCAGAACAAUCUCAACUUCAGUCGUGCUGUUGAUUAUGUUCAAAAAUGUCAACACCAUCCUGGUUACUGUUAACUUAAAGAGUUUGGAUUAAAAAUAUACCAACAGGACAGGCUGUUGUCUUUUCCAAAUAUAAAUGUUAGUCAACUCAAUCAAAUAAAUACCAAGAUUAAUCAUUAAUUAGUCAUUGAAUUUAAAGCAACAAGAAAAAAGCUAAAGUUCAGAACAAAUUUCACUUACUUUCCACUUCCAGGGAUAGACGCCGGAUGAAGAAUUAAGUUUCCUUUUUGUUGUAAGACUGCUUACCGUGUGUGUGGACUGUGUUCUGUAAGAUUGUUGAGUUUUGUACCCCUGCAUUCAUGUCAUAGCUUUUUAUUUUCCUUUGUCAUUGAAUCAACUUAUUUUUUUGUCAUUUAUCUGAACACUUGAUCUGUACAAGACAGUCAGUAGAUGUAAAGAACGGACAUGUGAAAUAUUACCAUUUGUAGGUCAUUAUUCCAUGUUAGCCUAUUUGAAGUGACAUUUUGUGCAUCCAAGAAAAUAAAAGAGGCCAAAUGUUGUUGACACUCUGAUUUCUGGUGAACAGCUUUAUGACUAGAAGGCUCUGUAUCAAAGUGUGAGUUAUCAGACGCAGCAUUAGUGUUUGGUUUUUUUGAAUGCACGGUAAAUGCACAUUUCCUAAGAGACGGAGGCAAAAGCUCCUUUUUCACUUGAAAAUUGAAGAUCAAACCUUGUUCUGUACAGGCUGCGUUGUCUCCACACUGACCUUAGAGUUAUGUUUUAUUCCACGAUCGAUACGAGGCUGAAUUUGAUGAGAAUUUACUCUUUUUCCAGGCAGACUUUGUGGCUGUAUUUAGAAAUAUUUUAAGAGAAACGGAGAUAGUCGUCUUUUUUUUGUGGCUCGCCGGUCUGUAGGCUGGUUCCACUUGUUGUGCGUUCGUAGUUCGCCACAGCUGGGAGGGGAGAAUGGAGGAAUAUUUAGCUUGCUGCUCUUAGCCUGUAUGCUCUUUGUCUGCUUGUCCACCCAUGUUUAAUCAAACGAUACUUACCUUUAGCCCCUCUGAAGACCCCUCUACUUUCUCCUCUUCCCCUAAUUUUUGCUAGCUUGAUUUUUGCCCAGCCUGCCUCACCCUCUGAUAACUCUGUUUGCCUUCUUGUUCUCAUUCUAGCCUGUCAAGAUUCUAGUAGCGCUAAUAUAAACCGUCCCUUUUGCUCCCUUUCGCCUUGUCUCUUCUAACCUGCUGGCAUUUUGUCUUUCUGUCUCUCUCUCUCUCUCUCUCUCUCUGUACCUCGUUUUUUGCAGUCACUUACCGGCCAGUGCUGGGUGGACUGGCAUGAGCGCCAUCAGUAACGGUGGGGUAAUGGAGCCUACACAGGGAUUGAAUGGGAGUAUGCUAGCCAACCAGCCUGGUAUGGGAGCCACAGGAUACCCCACACACUGAUAAGUGGGCAGGGUGGGAGAUUUGUCAACCAUCAGCCUCUUAUUGGCUGUACAGUGCCCUGCAGGGCUGUGUAACACCGCCUCCAUUUGUGGCAGGACUAAGACUUUUACCGGGAUGUUAAACCUAAUGGGAAGGUUGACAUCUAUAGGAGUUGUAAAUGGGAAUUCAUGGGGGGGUUGAGGUAACGGGAGCCAGGGAGGAGCAAUUUGACCCACACAGGUAUCUACACCUUCUGUGGUAGGCAAGACUGGCCAUGAACCAGGGCUCUUACCAUUUUUAAGUUAACUGUAAAUGAGUAUAAACUGUAAAGGAGAAACUUUUUGGAUUUUUUUCUGGUUUUACAAAUUGCUUCCAUUUUCACAUCUUUCCUCUCACACAGCCACAGAGAGGUCUGUCAUUUUUUUAAAGACUGAACAAGUUUGAGACGUGCUAAGUUAUGAACCUUAGUUAUUAUUUGAGGAAUGGAAACCUGUUUAAUUUGAUAUCAUUUUUCUCUUGGGUUAGAAUACAAUUGCAGGGAUUAUUGCCACUGCUGUUUCUCUGUAAGGGCAGAUAAAUAUUGCACAGUUUUUUCCUCUCUUGUACUUGGAAAAAUUUGACUACCAAGAGCGUUUUCCUUUUUGCAUUCCAUUUCUCCUCCAUAUCUUUGGGACAGCCUCAAAACCUUUUGCCACAUGUAAAUAACCAUUCAUCCAUUUGAAACAAUGUAAGUAAAAUGCUACUGUUAACUGUGGGUGCUUGCUUUCUUUUUUGUUUUGAUAACUCGACAGUUAACUCCAACAUUGUACGUAGCAGAGUGGCACUAUAAACGCGACACUGGCACAGUGCAACACACAAUUCUUCCAUGCAGGGAUAAAAGAUGGCAUCGCCAUACUGUUCAUACAUAAAAUUUAACACAGUUCAAAUGUUAAAGGGUGAAAUGUUUGACACUUAUGAUGGUUUUUAAAUAUGUAUUUAAAUGCCAGUAUUUUAUAUCAAAAAUCUGAGUGGAUUCAACCUUUACACUUGCUCUUUUUGCCAGAGAAAUGGGGAGGCCUACAAUGUAACUGUUGCCUUAUAGAGCUGGUUUCUUUUACCUGACGAGAUACUCUUUUUAAUUAGGCAGUGCCUACAGACAUUUUCAGACCCUUUUGUUUAGAAAGGUGUUAGCCCUGAGAACUGAUGACUCUGCUACUGUAAUCAAUGUUUUCUUGCUUUGUCCAAUUAAAAUGCUAAUGCACAUAAACCGCUCAGUGUCGUUG